AAUUGGGAUACAAUAAACUCGGAGAAUUGUGGAUUCAUGGUCCAAAUGUUAUGAAGGGUUAUUUUAAUAAUAAAGAAGCUACAGAUGCUGUCAUUGACAAAGACGGAUUUUUUAAAACAGGAGAUAUUGUAUCUGUUGAUGAACAUGGGAACUAUAAUAUUGCUGAUCGGAAAAAAGAGUUAAUAAAAUACAAGGAUUUUCAAGUGGCACCUUCUGAACUGGAAUCGGUUCUGCUCACACAUGAUACUGUAUCAGAUGCAGCGGUAAUAGGAUAUUAUUCUGAAGAAGAAGCAACCGAAAUUCCUGUAGCAUAUGUCAUAAUUAAAGAAGGGCAUGAGCAAUCUCAAGCUUUAGCGAAGGAAAUUCAAUCUUUUGUAAAUGAGAAGGUCGAACAGCAUAAAAAAUUAAGAGGCGGUGUAUUGUUUAUUGAUAGAAUUCCUAAAAGUGAAGCUG